AUGCGCCAAGUACCAUACCCAGUCGCCAUAAUCACAGCAACCGAUCCCACCGGCGCACAAGACACAACCUCAUUCCGCGGCAUGACCGUCUCAUCAUUUAACACAGUAACUUUGACCCCGAACCCAGUCAUCUCAUUCAAUGUGCGACGGCCAUCAGAAACUCUGAAUGCACUUCUUGCAUCCGGUCGAUUCCUAGUUCACCUAUUAGCACCCGAGCCUGCGACGGCAACUCUGGCACGCGACUUUUCAAAAGGGAAUGCUACUCUUGCCGCAAUGAUGAAUGGACAUGGCCAGUUCGAAUUCAAACCAUCGGAUGUUUGUCAUGAGUCUGGAUCUGAUAGGCCUUUGCCUAUCUUGAGGCGGAGACCGCAGGGAUCUGGUAUAUCUAACGAGGGGAAGGUGGAUUUUCCUUUUGUCUUUGAGUGUACCCUCCACCCGAGUAAGAUCGAUGUGCAGGAUCACUCGAUUAUUCUUGGUACGGUCGUUCGUGUCAUUCAAUGUUCGCAUGAUGUGCAGGGGAUGAAGGAUUCGCCGCACCAGCUAUGCUUGACUUAUGCAAACACCAAGUUUAAUACUACGGAGUAA